AUGCUUAGCGCUGGCAUUAACAUGGUUGGGUUUAGUUGGAUAACAUCACCUGCAGCCACGGAACUUGAAAUGAUAGUUUUGGAUUGGCUUGCUAAGGCUCUUAAUCUUCCUGAUCAAUUCCUUUCGACAGGACAAGGUGGUGGCGUGAUACAGGGAACUGCAAGCGAAGCAGUUUUGGUAGUGCUUUUGGCUGCUCGAGACAAAAUCUUGAAACGGGCUGGAAAAGAUGCAAUUGGAAAGCUCGUGGCCUAUUGUUCGGAUCAAACUCAUUCUUCUCUACAUAAAGCAUGCAAGAUAGCAGGAAUCUAUCCUGAAAAUUUUCGUGUGCUGAAAACGGAUUCAUCCACUGAAUAUGCUCUCUCUCCUGAGUCACUUGAAGAAGCGAUUUCACGGGACAUAAAAUCGGGUUUAAUUCCCUUCUUCUUGAGUGCUACUGUUGGGACUACAUCAUCAGCUGCUGCGGAUCCGCUUCGUGAUCUGGGGAAGAUAGCAAGUAGAAGAAUGAGUUUGAUCCGAACAAUAGGCCACGAGCUUUCCAAUUGCAUCUUUUCCAGCCCGUUUCAAGAUUUUGUCUCGAGCAGCCAAAAGCACUACCAAAACUGCUUCGCUUGCAGUUCCCUGUAUCACACCACCACCUUGUCCUGA